UGGAGAAUUUCGAAUGUGGCCGCGUUAGCAGACUGGCGACAGGAGAUAGAACCUAGACCCGGAGGGUCGGAAUCGUGGCACACACCGGCUGGACCGCGUCGCGGAAGCUGGGAAUGUGAGGAGGAGGGCGACAGCUGCGGCAGAAGUGGUGGUCAAGGUUCAUCUGAAUCCAGACCCUUUAUCUGAAUACAGACGGACUCUCAUCUCGCACGGUGACCUGUUUUCAUUAGUUCUCCCCACCAAACCGCCUGUUAACACCAUUGGCCUAGACAGGGAACUUCUGAUAUGGCCAAUUUCUUUUGUGAUUUUAAGUUGGUUAAACGUGGUAACAAAAGUUUUUUAGGCAGAAGAUGGCCAAGGAAAGGUGCCUUAAAAAGUCCUUCCAAGACAGUCUUGAAGACAUAAAGAAACGGAUGAAAGAGAAAAGGAAUAAAAAUUUGGCAGAGAUUGGCAAACGAAAAUCUUUUAUAACUGCACCUUGCCAAAUCCAAGUAAUCUCCAACACUUCUACGCUGCUAAAAAACUACCAAGACAACAACAGAAUGUUAGUUUUAGCUUUGGAAAAUGAAAAAUCCAAAGUGAGAGAAGCCCAAGAUAUCAUCCUCCAACUGAGAAAAGAAUGUUACUACCUCACAUGUCAGCUAUAUGCAUUGAAAGAAAAACUGACUCCACAACAAACAGAAGAAAUUGCUCAGAACCAGGAAAUAUGUCCUUCUGGAAUGGACUCCAAAAGUGACAACAUCUCUGGGGAUUUAUUUGUGAAGAAUAUACCACAAGUUCCUCUUCAGGAAGCUCACCUUCCAGGACAAGGAGAAUCAUUCCAAACAGAAGAGCAAAUACCUAUUUCUGAAGAUAGACUGGGAUUUGAUUGGGAUUCAGAAGAAGAUAAAUCUGCUGAUAAUGUCUUACCUAGAACUGUAUCUGUUCGUCGAAGUUUAAAGAAACAUUUUAACAAUCUAUCUCAUUUCAAUACCAUGGAUGAUUUUGAAACCAGUCAUUUCUCAGUGCAGCCCUUUGAAUCUGAAAGAAUUAGAUGUGCAGACCCACUAGUAAACAUGAAUAUACCUGAAAACAUAGAACAAAGUGUUUGUCAAUGGAAUAAGAAUCAAACUAACUUAUCACUAAAGCUGAUUGACCCAGGAACACCUGCUAAAGCAAAAGAAAACAUUUUAGAAUAUAAAUUUGAACAAACUGAAAGCAAGCAUAGAAGUGCACAAGGAAGAAAAGAAAAAGAGAAAAGAAAAGCUAACAGAAGGAGAAAAUCAAAAUCUGUACCGAAGUAUAAAGGGGGCAAAAGUGAAAAUAAAAAAACUGUUUCCAAAAAAAUGUUGGACGAAUCUGUCACUUCCAGUGAUGCUUACAAUUUUAAUUUGGAAGAGGGUAUUCAUAUCACACCUUUCCGCCAAAAAGUGAGCAAUGAUUCUAACAGAGAAGAAAACAACAAUGAAUUUGAAGUGAGCGUCUGUGAAUCAAGUGGUUCAGGAGAUGAUUCCGAUGACCUCUAUUUGCCCACUUGCAAGUACAGUCAAGAUGUCUCUAGUGAAUCAGAUAGGAGUCCAGUCACCAGGUAUCGACCUAGAAGAGCACUAAAAUAUAGGAAUGAAAAUGAGAUCGUGGAUUCUAAGCUUACAAAAACUCCUAUCAGUGAACUACCUAAAACUCACCACUCACCUCAUUUUAGCCUGAAGGAUAUCACCAACGUCCCCUUGCAUCCUGCGGUAAAAAUCAGAAAACUUUCUCUUUCUCCAAAAAAGAAAGAGAGCCCAGGAGUCUCUCUGCCUAAGCGCAGGUGUGCAGUCAGUAUGAAUUAUAAAGAGCCCACGCUAGCUUCGAAACUGAGAAGAGGAGACCCUUUUACAGAUUUGUGUUUCUUAAAUUCUCCGAUUUUCAAACAGAAAAAGGAUUCCAGACGCAGUUCUAAAAAAAGAAGUAUGAAGCAAAUACAGUGAUGGAUGCUGUUUGUUGGAUGAUGUUAAAAUUCAUCCCAUUACACCUCCUUUUAUCACUCCAAGAGAGAAUCUCUAAGAUAGUACAUAAUAGGGUUGAACUCUUGCCAUGGAAUAUUCUUUGAACUCUAGAUCACGAAAAUUCUUCAAAACUAUACUUCAAAUGUGAUGCUUUUUUUCAUACCAUUAAUAAAUUUGGUUUAUUUUUUCUUUUAAAUAUAAAUAACUGAACUUAAGCCCUAUUUCUUAAACUGCCUAAAACUCUUAAUUUUACUCAUAAUGUAUCUUCUGCAGAAAUUUUAGAAAUGAAUAAUCAAAUUAAGAUGUUUUAAUUACAAGCUUUUGGUGCCCUUUUUUUUUUUCCUUAAGUGGAAAAUACUAGAAUGAAUGAUUUUUGAAGAUAGGCCAAGGAUCUUUUGAAACUCUAUAUAAUAUUUGAAUAAAAUAAAUCCUUGGCAUGCAUAGUAGGGUAUACCCUAAGAUGUUUGUGGAUCCCUUAUAUCACUCUUAUAUUUAAAAUUUCAAAUAAAAUGUGAGAUCAUUAUUAAAGAAUUAAUGGUUGCUUAGGCUCAGGGACUAGGUAAGUGACUAGCUCUGAAUACCAAACUCUGUGUAUACAUUUUUCAGUGGUAACUCAGCAAAAUCACAAAUUAUGUCUUGGACUUUCAGGAUAGUUCUCUAAUUAGUGGUAACCAUGUUGGGGUUAAUGCAGAUAAAGAACAUUUCCAUCACCACAGAAAACUAUUGGGUGAUCACAAAUUUGAUGUUUUUGUACUUUUAAUAUUUCUGUAUUCUUGCUGUAGCGUUUAUCCAUAGACCAUUUUGCUUUAUAUUUUAACAUUUUUCAUGAAUGUUAUAGUGUAUAUAUUUUUUUGCAACUGACUUUUAACUCACCAUUGUUUUUGAGAUUUAUCCAUGUUGGCAGAUGUAGAUUAUUUUCAUCGUUGUACAGUAUUUUAUUAAUAAAUAAACUAGACAUUCUU